CUUUCUUUUAUGCAACACAUAACUCAUCUUUGCUUUUUAUUAUUUUUUAUCUUGCAAUUUUCAUCUUUUAUGGCACAAAAGCUAUUAUAUGAGCCUGAUGCUCCAGACUAUAAAGCAGGUAGCACUAGUCAGUCAUUAUUUGACAAGCUUGCUCCCGAUCCAUCUUUAUCUACCUUUAUGGACGUCUUGACUCAAGUGGAUGAUAUCUUCAACAUGAUCAAUCAUACCGACAGCGAUAGUAAUCAAGUGUUCACCGUCUUUUGUCCAGUGAAUACUGCUUUCAGAAAUGAGCUUGACAUCUAUACCCGUAAUCACCUUCAAGACUUUUUACGCAAUCAUAUUGUACCUAAUAGUAAAGUGGACCCUGACAUGCUAGCUAAAACGGACGAAUUGAAUACUUUACUUGAAGGACAAACCAUAACUGUGAAGCAUCACUUCUUUUCUCAAAAGACUGUACUCAAUGAUCAUGCUCUUGUUGACACAAGUCACGCUGUAGAAGCCAUCAAUGGAAUUGCCUAUAAAAUCGAUCAUUUGUUACGACCUACAGUUGCCAAGAUUCAAUAAACUUGACUUUUCUUAAUUUCAAAUGAUGUACAGUAAAUAUGAGCUCUAAACAGUUUUAUUUCGAUUGUCU